UCCAUAACAACUCCAUCGCUGUCGCCUGGGAAUAUUUGGAGAUGCAAACGUCGUCGUCUGAAACACAUAUCCGUAUCACCAUCAUCAUCUGAAAGCAGUUCAGGAAUCUACCAUUCCGGCUCUAGAUCCUAUUCCAUAUAAGAACUUUCAGAUCAGAAACGACGACACUUUACAUUAGCUAGCUGCGGACCUUAGAUAUGAAUUCGAGGUAGAGAGAGAAGUUAUUAGUUGGAUAAAAGAUGAGUGUGAGUCACGCGACGGUGCAUCCAGUGCCUGUGGAAGCGCCGCCGCCGCAGACGGAGGAUCCGAAUGCGCCGCUAGCUGCCGGAGUGAGGAUGAAGGACAUCCAAGGGAUGCCUGGAACCGUCGGCGGCCUUUUCUUGCGUUUCGCUCAGUUCCUAUUCGCUGUGGUUGCUCUCUGCGUCAUGGCCGCGACUAAUGACUUCCCUUCCGUCACCGCCUUCUGUUACCUUGUUGCAGCUGCGGGCUUGCAGAGCCUGUGGAGCCUUGCACUGGCAAUUGUUGAUGUCUAUGCUCUUCUAGUUGGACGCAGCUUGCAAAACUAUCGACUUGUUAGCUUAUUUGCUAUUGGUGAUGGUGUCACUUCCACCCUUACAUUUGCUGCAGCCUGUGCAUCAGCUGGAAUCACUGUUCUAAUUGGCAAUGAUCUUGGUAGUUGUGACCAAAAUCAUUGCACAGAGUUUGAGACUGCAACUGCCAUGGCUUUCCUUAGUUGGUUUGCUGCAUUGCCGUCAUUUUUGCUCAACUUCUGGUCUCUUGCUUCAAGAUGAAGAGCGCGAAGUUGGUAUUUCUCGGAAAGAUGAUACCAUAAGGUAUCAUUUGAUGGCGUGCUGUUUGUAUGAUUGUUAUAAUAUUCUGAUGACACGUAUGUGUAAUGGAAAAUUGAUGCAGCACUAUUUGUACAUACACACUGUAAAUUGGUCAAAGUUUUGCCACAGUAUAUGAAAGGAUAUGAUUUGCGUUGUCCAGCC